UAAUAAACAGAGUCCCAAAUAUUAUAGAAAAAAUUGCUUUUCUUCAAGUUUGGAUUAAAAUAUGGGUAAAAUGCAUAAAUAAAAGAUUUUAUAAACAAAAAUCAGCAUUCUUAGGCACAUGCUUGAAACAUUUCCGUUUACAAAAGCAACAUUUAUUCUUUGCGAUGAAUGAGAGAUGGACAAAUUUAGGCAUUUGAUGUCCUGCAGACGUCUGAUAAAGGACACACACCCACAGGAGUUGUCCUUGGGACUCACACAGCUCAGAUAAGAACAGCAGCCGAACCAACAGUCAGAAUUCCUCCCAGCCUUUACUUUCUCUUGCUCAGCCGCGACAAUGGGUGUGUGUGUGUCCCUGCCAGAACCGGUGAUGGCCGACCAGCCUCUCUCGCAGCCGGCCGACCAGCCGCUGACAAAGUUCCCCCACUCCAGCCUCCCCAGGAGGAAAGAAGCCCUGGGAGACGGCCUGCAGGCCCGGGGCCAGUGGGCCAGCAAGGCCGAGUUCCUCCUGGCGGUGGCCGGGCAAAUCAUCGGACUGGGCAACGUCUGGAGGUUUCCCUACCUCUGCUAUAAAAACGGAGGAGGUGUGUUUUUUGUCCCCUACCUGCUGUUCCUGGUGCUGUGUGGCGUCCCCCUGUUCCUCCUGGAGACCUCUCUGGGGCAGUUCACCAGCUUGGGAGGGGUCAGCGCCUGGAGGACCAUUUGCCCAUUAUUUGGAGGUCUCGGCUACGCUAGCCAGGUGAUGAUUCUGCACGGCUGUGUCUACUACGUCGUCAUCCUGGCCUGGGCCCUCUUCUACCUGUUCUACAGCUUCCAGGCCGAGCUGCCGUGGUCGCACUGCAACAACACGUGGAACACGGAAGCAUGCUUCUUGUUCGAUGAAUACAAUCAGACUGUAAACGUCAGCAGCUUGCCUGUGAAUGCCACCUCCCCGGUCAUGGAGUUCUGGGAACGGGAAGUGCUUCGCCUGUCAGGAACUUUAGAUGAGCUGGGUCCGGUCAGCUGGAAGCUGGCUCUGUGUCUGGCCGUCGUCUGGCUCGUCUGCUACUUUUGUGUCUGGAAGGGCGUGAAGUCCACUGGAAAGGUGGUGUACCUGACGGCCACCUUCCCAUACAUCAUGCUGCUUGUGCUGCUGGUGCGCGGUGCCACUCUGCCUGGAGCGACACAGGGCAUCAUUUACUACCUCAAACCCAACAUCACCCGCCUGGCUGACCCUCAGGUAUGGAUGGAUGCUGGUACUCAGAUAUUUUUCUCUUAUGGAAUCUGCUUGGGAAGUCUCACAGCCUUGGGCAGUUACAACAAAUACAACAAUGACUGCUAUAAGGACUCCUUCAUGCUGUGCCUCCUGAACAGCGGCACCAGCUUCCUGGCCGGUUUCGCCAUCUUCUCGGUUCUGGGCUUCAUGGCUGAAGAACAAGGCGUUGACAUAGGCGCCGUGGCUCAGUCAGGACCGGGUCUUGCCUUCAUCGCCUACCCGAGAGCCGUGGCCAUGAUGCCCGUUCCUCAGCUCUGGGCCGUCUGCUUCUUCCUCAUGAUCAUCAUGCUGGGUCUCGACACGCAGUUCGUGAGCCUGGAGGCUCUCAUGACUUCGGUGACGGACCUGUAUCCCCACGUGAUCCGGCGCGGAUACCGCAGAGAGCUGCUGCUGCUGCUGGUGUGCAUUGUUUGCUUCCUCAUUGGGCUGGUCAUGGUCACGCCGGGUGGUCUCUAUGUGUUCCAGAUCUAUGACCACUUCUCCUGCAGUGGAGCCAGCUUGCUGCUUCUCUCCAUCUUCCAGUCUCUGGCUGUUGGCUGGAUCUACGGAGCCGAGCGUUUCAGCGGCAACAUCAGAGAUAUGACGGGCUACAACCCCCUGCCUUUCUUCAAGCUGUGCUGGAAGUACCUGACUCCUGCCGUGUGCACUGCUACCUUUAUUUUCUCCCUGGUGCGUUGGUCUCCGCUGAGCCUGGGGAAAGGACUGGUGGCUCCGGUCUGGGCCACCACGCUCGGCUGGAUCCUGACCCUCUCCUCGGUUUCCCUGCUCCCCAUCUGGGCUGUGUACGCGCUGGUCACCACUCCAGGAACCCUGCCACAGCGCUUCCAUCGGCUUUGCACCCCUGCUGAGAAGUCGUCUAUGGCCUUCCAACACCUCUUCACCAACGGCUCGCCGCUGACCUACAGCCCUGUGGCGCCUCUCAACGGGAAGCAGCAAAUGAUAGAGCUCCUCCCAGAAAAGAAGACAUGACAAUAACGAACGCUUUGUGGCACUGUAUGCUGCUCAGCCAAUCAGGUGUGCCGAACAGAACAGCUGAUCACAACAGAAGACUUUAUUUCAAAGAAUGUUUAAGGAGAAAUGUUAGAAUUUACCAAAAAGUCAACAGUUUGAGGCAACAGUUUGGAAGAAUUAUCAGAGCAUCCGACCCUAAACUGGGGUAAAACUUGAUUGGCCGUUCAGAUCAGCCACGGUUCCUGUUCCUGCCCACCCGAGUUGGUCAUUUCCAUACAAAAACAGCACACACUCCUGAAUCUUAACCGUUUUUGCCUCCAUACUUGCUAUCAUAGCUUUUCAUCUAAUUUUACAGUUUAGUUGCUGUACUUGAGGACCAUGUAACAACAACAACAACCCCUAGAGACGUUCCCUUUGUUUGGCAGCAGCACGCAGUCCUCAGCUACACUAUACUCUCUAUGAGAGACUCAGAGAGUGUUAACAUGUCUGCCGAAAUGACUCCAUGAGUCAGACAUGUGAUGUCAGAUGAUUUAUCUGGAGAUUUCUUGAAUUUCUCAUCCAAACCAAGUGGGGUUAAUACUUGAGUUGCGUCCACUAAAUGCCACUUUUGCUGCCAAGCUCUGAAGCUUGCUGUGAACACCUUAACGACAGCAGAUCUGACUGAAACAUGCACUAGUUUGCGGUAGUUUUGCGUUUCUUUAGAAACGGCAUAGAUGAUCAUUUAGUGGGUUUCUCCAGAGUAAAAACUUCAGUACAUUUGUUUCAACUGUUAUAAGCAAUAAUAAACAGAAUAUAAGCUGGGAAACGUAGUCAUAUUGAUUAAAAAUGAAACAAGGGUUGCUGAAAUGCUUCCCUGCUUAUUUGUAAGAUUAAAGUUAACAAUUAGUCAAACAGGUCAGCGCUUCAAAUUGAAAAGCGGCUGAAAGGAUAUAUCAUAAUAGAGUAUACCUUCUUUGAAGGUCUCUGCAAACCUCGUUUAAAUUAUUUUUUUUUAAACAACUGCUGCUUCAAAGAACAAAAAAAAAAAGAACUAUACAAUAUUUUUUAAUGUCUGCACCAAAUGUUUAAGUUUUUUUGUUGUCAUGAUUGUUUUUUUAAGAUGUUUGCCUGUAUUGUUCGGUGUUUCAGUGAUGUCAGGUAAAUAAGGAGGCAAUUGUAAUGAUGAAGGGGGCAAAGGGAAGGAGUAAAGUUACAGCUUGAACAUGCCUAGAAUUAUUUGCAUUAAAUUUACAGGAGUGAAGUUUGCACAGUUUACAAUCCUCAAGAUUAAAUUUUAAAAUGUUUAUUUUUUUUAAAAUGGUAUAUUCUCUAGAGCUCUAGAGCUAAUGUCCGUGGAGAUUUGGUUCUUUGUUUGUUUUCACAGUUUUAUGGUUUUUACAAAAUUUUCAAUCAAAAUAAAAACAAAAAUGCUGCAUAGUACAUGAUGCAAAAAUCAUGUACUAUGAUUAGAUUAGUUUAGAUUAGCUUGGGAUUAGCUAAUCCCAAGCAGUUUGAUAGUUUUUAUGCUUUGCAGAAGUAAAUAAUGUUUUCCUGUUAAAUUAUAUUGCAUUUCAGUUUCUCCUAAAAAUUCACACUUAAAUCCUAUAAAUUCUGAAAACAUACUGUUGUGGGGUUUUUUUUAAGAAAAGCUCUUUCAAGCCUUCAAAGUCAACAUCAGCAUAAGAAUAUUUUUUUAUCAAUAGCAGUGUCUCUCAACAGUGUGACAAAAAAAUGAAACCAUUAGAAAUCAUUGUAAAACUAUGCACCCAAGUGUGCAUAGUUAAUAAGUGUGCACACUUAUGCAUAUAUAUCUGUCGGAUAUAUAUUUGGACUCUGGUUAGAUUAUUCCAAACCGUAUGGUGUUUUUCUCUGGUGAUGUGCUUAAAACUUUGUUUGGUGUAAUUUUGACCCUUUGCAAUAUUUCUGGAAACAUUGACUUUAGCUAAUGUCAGAAACAUCUUUUCUACAACUAAUAAUCUUUGGUUAACUCUAGAACACAAAAGCUGCUUCAAGAAGGUGCAAAUUUAUCCAUCAGCUUUUUAUUUUUUAUAUUUUUCCCUUCAUUAGAUUUGCCUCCCUUUAACUGCUCAGGAUGUACAGUAUAACAGGAUAUAAAUUGCAAAUGUUUGAAAUACACAGCAAUUCAGCAGGGUUGUGUACACGUUUGAGAGACGCUGUAUGUGACAGAAUGAGAAUGUAAACAUGAAGAAUUACUGAAACUAUUUCAUAUUUCUGUUCUGUACUUUAAUGUCUGCCCUGAUAAACAGCAAGUUUUUUUUUAGUUGUUGUUGUUGAUGUUAUUUCUCAUGUAAACGUGUGUAAGUUUACACAGUCAGACAUGCUUUAAUAAUUCACUAUGGGUCUCGAUUUCAGCUUCCUGUUCUGUAAGUCCGGGACAAAAUGUACUGUACACUAGGAUCGCUUGUUUAUAUCUCUGAAAUCAAGUGGAAAAGAAACAUUUCAUGACCGGGAGUGAUGUUUUAAACAUGUAAGAGGACCUGUAAGCAAACUUAGAAGGAGCUGUCUUUCUAACCGAAUUUUUAUGUGCUUUAAGCCUUUGCAUUGACUCAUCAACUUGUUAGCAUCUGUGUUUACAGCUGUGCCUCUUUUGUUCUCUUCUGAAUCAAUAUAUAUACUGAUUGUGGA